GCACGGGCACGUUGCAGCCACGAGGACUUGAGACCCGCCUGUUCCGUACGCCCCGAUUGUUAUGAAAUUUGGGUUGAGCGCGUACCCUGUGUCGGACCAAACCAGCCAGGAAUGUGCAUAGGAACCCGCACGACUCAGCGACUGUCAACGCUAUGCCUCUCGUUCUGCACCCCGAGUCGCGCUGCGACAUAUGCCUGGAUGCCUAUACCUCCUCUACCCCCGAAAACUGGCCGCAUGCCAUAAGCUGCGGCCACAUAUUCUGCAAGUCAUGUUUACGCAUGGUCAACCCGGUGGCAUGCCCUUUGUGUCGCAAACGCUUCGACAUAGUCAAGGUCACGAAGCUGCAUGUCGACCGAUACUCGCCCCCUGAGCGCGCCGCCGUCGGUCUCCCGGGGGACGCGGGCCAUGCCGAGACGGACACUCAUCACGAAGCGCUCGCUCUGCUGCAAAGUCUAGCCCUCAUCAACCUCGAAAGGACACCUCAGAGUCAGGUGGAGAGCACAAUGAGGAGUGUGGAUGAUUUUUUGGAGAGUCAAAGCGAGGAAGAACCCGUGCUCAGGCCACUGCGAAGCGCUCGUCAAGCGUUAGAGAAUAGCAGGCGCUACAGGGAGUCCGCAAAGAAGUACAAGCACAGAUUGAGGGACAUGGAGACAGCUAAGGCGGAGGUCAUUCGACGCGCCGAGAUGGAUCGGCAGACGUCAGAGGUUGUCGAGGCGAGCUUGCAGAAGCAGCUACAAGAGGAGCGCGCCGAGUGGGAAAAGUACAUAACGGAACUUCAACAAUCGCUCAGUCGCGCGCAUACAUCUGUCGACUCCAACAUACCUCUUGCGUCCGCGCACUCCGAAAUAUCGGCCCUCAGGGCCGAGCUCGCACAAGCCAAAUCUCAGCUCGAGAAUCUCCAGCCUCAGUUCCACGACUCACGCUCCAAGGUUGAUCUAGCUGCACUCCGAAGAGAGGUGGAAAGGCUUCGCGGUUUACGACUGGACGACGGGUUCAAUCAGCUCGCUGUCGUCCAGUCGGAGUUGGCAGACGUCAAGGGGCAGAACGCGGCAUUGAGGGCGGAGAUAGAGAGGAUGCGCAACGUGUCGCACAGCAGCAGCAGCGGGUACUCUGGCACUCCACCGAUUAGUUCAUUCGACGAGCAUGCCUUGUUGAAUCCCCCGCAGCUGACUCCGGCGCACCCUGAUCGUACACCAUCCAUCUCCAUACCCGUCCGUCGGGUCACCUCCAACCCGCUCCCACCACCUCCCCAGCCAUUGCCCGACGAACUCCUGCCCGGCUUCGUGCGCAACCGGCUGUUCACAUCCACGCCGGGGUCGCCCUCUAUUUCCCCACCCUCGAUGCCAUCCAGCGCCGCAAGCGGGUCCGCGUCGAGUUUUGCGUCAAGUUUGUCACAGAGGUUCGAGGUCAUGGAUGGCGUGAGGCCUUCCUCACGUGCAGAGAAGGCGAAGGGGAGCGACAGGGUUGAUGAGCGUCGACAAGGCAGUUCCAGUCGACCGCCCAUGGAUCAGAACAGUACAGUCCGCGCUAGGCGACCAACUCUCAAUGGCGACCAUCGGACACCUUCUGCCGAUGCUGUCCAGCCACAAAUCCUUCCCAAUGUCAGCAUGUCGUACACGAACGGUUCUUCUGCCGUCCAUGCGAAUGGGCACGGAGCCGGCCGGAGUCAUACACACCAUCGCAGCGAACCGCAGAAUAUUUAUCAGGACCCACCACCUCAACCUACAACGGGAGCUCGGUCUGCGGUCGUGUCGAACGCUCACAUCAUGGCUCCUGUGCCAGACGACGACUCGUCGAGACGACUUAGGCGGGACAGCACCCCACGGGACCCGGACAUGGUGCGGUAUGAGUAUCAAUAUGGGUAUGGAAGUGGCCUGAUGAACGGCUACGGGAUGGGGUACGAGAAUGGGAUAGCACAAGCAUACGCGGAUCGAACGCCACAGGCUCGAUCUCAGUCGCGGCAAGUACAGCCACAGGCAGGGCAGGGCCCAGGUGUCAGGAUCCUCGGCAGCUUAGGACUUGACCCGGGGUACGGCACCGACUCCGAGAGGCAGAACUUCAGCGAUGGGGAGGCCAGGAGAAGGGGCAGGGAGCGGAGGAGCUCUACCACCAGUUCGCGAGGGGGAAGGGACAACAGUGCGCCUGCCGGAAGUGAAGGCCGGUCUUUCGAGGCUCGAGCGGCCAGAGACUCCAUGGCGGAUUUCUCGCUCCUGAGUUUACCAGCGCCCGCGGAAACCAGUAACGGUCUUGGAGGGAAUCAACGCUCUCGAUUAGGGUCGUCCAAUACCCAUGUGAUAGGACCUUCCCCCAGUGAUCCAGUGUCGAGCCAAGGAGAUGGGCGCAGCAACGCCUCGCAAUGGGGAAGCGCUCAAUCCGGUAGCGGCGCGAUCGCAGGCAGUCUGAGUGCGCUUGAUAUUGGCCUAACAGGCGGUGGACAAAACACGCCGGCAUCAAGGGCCAGCGGCAUGGUGGCGCCUACAGCGUCAACCGAAGCUGUUGACGAUGACGAGGAUCUCGAGUAUGCUGAUCACGACGAAUUUUUCACCCCGCGGCAACACCCAAUCACUAUCCCGACGUCCAGGAAUCAGUCGGCGUACUCUCAGUCGCGACCUUCCACUGGACGUGGCCAUGAAUCAAGGUCUUCGACGUCGAUAUCUCGUACUGGAAGCUCAUCAAGGCAUGAGGAUUGGACGCACGUCCCUAGUCGAGCGUCGACCUCUAGCCAUGUAUCGCGCUCUCACUCUCGCUCAGACACUAGUGCCCGCCCUCCAUCAGAGCCUCCCGCCCCUAUUUCCAUUCAAAACGGCCAACAACCGACGCGGACGCGUCCCAUAUCGGGAAGGAUGCCGUCUCAACCCGCGUUGGACAUGCUCGUUCCCGCUUCCACGCCUCCCGAAAACCCGAGCCGACCGUCCGCACCUCCUCCGAGGCCGCAACCGCACAGACAAGUCACUUUCCCGGCCAAUCCGGAAACCGAAGUACGGCAUGUGCAGGACGAUCGUGCUCGGACGAAGAGCAAGCGGCGGUCCUCUACCAGCUUUUUGUCUAUGACGAACAUCAAUACGAGUCAGACAUCUUCCGCCACGCCGGUGCUUACGCCUCCAGCCCCGGCUCCCUCGCAGCCCGCAGCACCGCCUCCUAUGGCUACUACCCGUAGCCUCACUACGGAUCAGGCGCGGGCGGUCCACGCAAGGUUCCUCCCUUUCAUCGCCGCUGCUAGACCCAGCGCUGCGCCUUACGUGGCGACGGCAACCGCCACUGCGCCUACCAACGCGCAGCCAAUCUAUGUUCCAGUCAAAGGUUCAGCAGAAUCCUCUCGAUCACGGUAGAGCCAGUACUCUCUUCGCCGGGGUCCAAUGGGGCUAUUUAUUCGGUUUUAUCGGAUGCUCCGGUUUUCUCUCGAGUUAUUAUUGAUAUCGUACGAUGUCCCAGUUUAGAGGUCAUACAAGCACGCCCGGUGUAAUCGUUAAUCAUGUAUUGUUCUCAAC